CAAUCGGUCGCGCGCGAAGGUUCACCUAGCACAGUACAGUUCAGUGAAGAAUGGAGGAGAGGAUAAAGGCCCAAGUGAAGGACAGCGAUCCUGCAGAGGUGAAGGAGCUGAUCUUGGACAAUGUCCGUGAAACGUCAAUAGUUGGUCUGACUGACAAAUUCUCUUCCCUGGCAACACUCUCUGUCAUUCACGUCGGCCUCACAUCACUGGACGGUCUUCCCGCUCUCCCUAGCCUCACCAAGCUAGAACUGGGGGACAACAAGCUGACAGGAGGUCUGGAGGCCCUGAGCAAGUGUCCAGAAAUUCGACAUCUUAGUCUGGUUGGCAACAGACUGGCUUCUGUUGACCUUCUCGCCCCUCUGAAGGGUCUGGAGAAGCUGGAGACCCUGGACCUGUUGGACUGUCCCCUCACGAGGCAAGAGGACUACAGGGCACGUGUGUUUGCUCUGCUCCCGGGUCUCAGAUCACUCGACGGUCUCAAUCAGGCAGGGGAGGAGGUGGAGGAGACCGACAGUGAGGGGGAAGGUCAGAACAAUACAAUGGAACCCCUCUAAUGAGGACACUAGUAAAAUUUGAAUUUAGAACACUCUCUAAUAAGGACACACCUUUUCUUUCCCCAAUUGCAUUUGCCUCAAACUAGCUAUGUAACAAUUAUGUUGAUGAUAUUGGCUAUAUAUCUAUAGUGUGCUUGUAUACAAUUUAGAUAUAUUAUACUGUUUGACUCUUCUACAAUCAUUAUGUAUGUAACAGAAGAAGAGGAAGAAGAGGAGGAGGGAGAGGGGGAGGGAGAGGAUGAGGACGAUGAGGUCGGACUGGACUACCUCAACAGACCCCUUGACUCUGAUGAAUCCAGUGAUGGAGGAGACUAUGACCCGGAGGCUGAUGGAGAUGAAGAAGAUGACGACCUCAUACCAAGUGACGACGGAGAGGGAGGAGGGGAGGAGGAUGUCCCGUCUGCCAAGAGGCAAAAAGUCAGCGAACCAGGCACGCAGCAAAAAAGCGCUCAGCCUGAGAACUAAACAAUCACACUAUCUAUAAUGUACUGUAUAUACCACACCCACACAUGUAUCACAUAUACACUGUCUAUUACAUCAUCGCUCCCUCUGUAUAUAUCAAUAUACCUUGUUUACACACACGACGUUAUUAUCAACAGCAAAAACUGGCAUCUAAAUGCAUUUUUGACUAUCGA